UAAUCCUCCCAGGACUAGGUUUUCAAAAGUCGCAAAUGAAUUCUGUAUAAGUAACCCCAAGAAACUCCUUCUUCUUUCCUAGAACGAUUAGCUCUAGCCGCCACCCACCCCCCUCACCGCCUUACCGUGGGAAGAAAGUCGGCUCCGAACAAAGUCUUACCGACCCUCUUCUCCAAGUAACGUGCAAUUCUAGAUCUUGUAUACAGAGUCAAACCUUCCUUAGCGGUCCAAUACCGAAAGCUAUAAAUAUUUUUCCAUCUUCUCCAAUUCUGCUCUAUUCCGGGAUCUCCGCCUUCCUUCUUGCUUUUCUGACUCCAGUGCAACCGGGAUUUCGGUUCUUGCUUUUCAACUUGGUUUUAGAAUUCAUGUUGGGAUUUGUUCUUCUUUUCUUUUGUUAAUUCGUAGGCUAAUUCUUGGUUCUUUGUUACGGAAACCGAAUUUCUGGGACGAAUUCUGAUCUGGGUUUUCUCGGUUUUCAUCUUUUGUAUAAUUUCUGUACCUGAUUUGAUAUAGGAUUGGUAGUUUUUUAGGGUUUAGGUAGUUCAUUUCUAUUUCUCAUUGUAAAGAAAGACACUUCUUUUUUUCGGUUGAUUUUGGGAUAUGAAGAAUACCCACAAUCAUGCUGAUUUCACUUUAAUUAGACGUAGAAGCAAACGGGGUUUGUUGGCUUUAGCGCCGAAGAUGAACAAUUACAGAGCAGAGAAUCCGAGCAACAACUGGGUUCUUAAUCCAACCCCCAACAGAUUAGAGAAUGCAGAUAAUAAUGCUGCUUUAUCUUCUUCCACCUCUGUGGGUAGUAGCCAAGAUCUAGAAUCGGAUCUCUCUGAUUGUGAGAGCAGUGUUUCUGGUCCCAUUCUUGACCAGUCCUCUGUGUCCAGGGAAGGAUCCUUCAUGCAGGUGUCCCAAGGCCAGAGGUCCUAUGAUCUCCUUACAGGGAAGUUUCUUGCCGGUUUGGGUCCUCUCCGCACGUUUGUUGAGGUAUCGACAGUAUACAGGAAUGUAUACUCCGAUGUUGUGGCGCAAGGAAUGGUAGAAAACUUUAAGAUUUCCAGGAAAACAAUGGAGAAGAUGCGUGGGGGCAAUGCCAAUGUCACAAUUGCUUGGUGCGCUGUUAGAAAAGAUGAGAUAUCCAAGAUUAUUCAGUAUGGAUUCAGUUGCAAUAUGCCCAAGAACGAUGGGUCGUACGGCCAGGGCGUCUAUCUUGCCCCGGGUGAUUCUCCUCUGGAAUGUGUGAGAAACGCGGUUGUUGAUGAAGAUGGGCUGCGGCAUGUGUUUCUAUGCCGUGUUAUAUUGGGGAAGACAGAGAUUGUCCAGCCUGGUUCUCAGCAGUGUUGCCCCAGUUCCAACGAGUUUGAUUCUGGGGUGGACAACUUAUUGUCCCCGAAGAAGUAUAUAGUGUGGAGCACCCAUAUGAAUACCCAUAUCUUGCCCGAGUUCAUCUUGAGUUUCAGAGCUCCUUCUUGCUUAGAAGCGGUUAGUAGACCUCAAGUUAACCGGAAGAUGCCUACUUCACCCUGGCUGCCAUUUCCAGCUCUAAUUGCCUCACUUUCAAAGUUCUUACCACCAUCUGACAUUAAUUCAUUGACCAAGUGUCAUAGAGAUCACAAGGAGAACAAAAUAACCCGGCGUGAAAUGAUACAGCGUGUGAGACAAAUAGCAGGAGACAAAUUGUUGGUUUCAGUCAUCAAAUCUUUGGGGUCUAAGGUUAAUUCAUCAAGCAGCACUCAGCAGACGUCAAAUACAUUACCACCCAGUAUUGUUGUUGAAGUACCGGGGAACGGUAUGCAACCGAAACCCGGCAGUGUUGAUGAAUCAAAUACAGGGGAUGACUUGGCCCGUAGAGGCUAGUUAAGGUGGAUGGUGUCGAAAUUUAGCAGUCUAAUUCAAGUGGACAAAGAUGUGGGGCUUUGGGAGGAUUAGGUCUCUUCCUUUUUACAGUCAAAUUUUCUUACUGUUGCUACUGUGGGAAGGUUUUGCUAUAUGGUUAGAGGCUUUGGUGGGAUUAUAGGCAGUGUUUUGGUUGUUAUAUAGCCUUAAUUUUGGCUUGAUGACAGUUCUGCCCUCUGAAAUCGCAUAAAAGCAAGAAAUGAAAUUUGUUAAAGUGUUCUUGGUUUUCUUCAUAUCCUUCUCUGCUUUUGUGGCCCAUACUGGUUAUUUUG